UUCUCUCAUUCCCACCACCAUUCAUUCUUUUAUCUCUUUCUCUUCGCCACUCUCCCUUUUUCUUCACUAUGUCCUCUAGUUCUGUAUGAUGAGUUUAGUUGGUAGUAAAGAUAGGGCCGGUGUUUCUAUGAGGGGCAAUCGAGAUAUGUUGGUGGCCAGUGAGACUCUCGAAAAGUUUUCAUGUCACUGCGCUUUUCAUCAGUUGUUUUGUUUAAUGUAGGGAGAGAGACAGACAGAGAGCAAUGGUGAGAGUGUUGGACAAUGUGGUAGAGGAUGUGGCUUCCAAGGCAGUAUACAAGCUGGUCCAAACUGUAGCGGCCAAUGUAGACCUGGUUCGUGGCAUAGGUUCUGCGAUACAGGAUCUAACCUCCGACAUUGAAACGUUUAACGCCCGCCUCGUGGAUGCUUCCAUGAACCCAAGGGCCAACCAACUCCAAGUUGUGAAAGUAGUAGUGAAAAAAUUCCGGGCCGUUGUGAAUGAAGCCCAGGAUGCAGUUGCCAAGUACAUUGCUUUGAACAAAAAGCAUGAAGACAAUGCUCUGGCGAAAUGUUUAGAUUUUAUUCCAUUUCCAGUUUGUGAAAAUACCAAUGUCUGUGCGAAUGAGAUCCGGGCCAUUAGAACAAAGGUGAAUGCACUUUUCCAAGUCCACGAAAAAGACCUUGUAUCCCUUGUGAGCUACAAAAACAAUGCACAAGACAACAGUGGCCUGAAACCUCUCCAGGAUCAACCAAUAGUUGAGGAAGAUUAUGUAAUAGGCUUUGAAGAUGAUUUGACGACUAUAAAGGCUCGUCUCACUGAACCAUCCAACAAUAUUGUUAUCAUCCCAAUUGUUGGGAUUCCUGGAACAGGAAAAACUACAUUUGCUUACCAGAUCUUUAAAGACCCCAACAUUCUCAACAAAUUCGUACAUCCCAUUUGGGUUCAUGUUUCACAAAGCUUUGAUAGGAGACAAAAGUUCAUCGAGAUUCUUUAUCAAAUUACCAAGUGUACAGAGGACUUUAGCAAGAUAAAUGAAGAUCAGUUGAAAAAAAGAAUAAAGGAUCUCUUAAAGGAUAAAAGAUACUUAAUUGUAUUGGACGAUAUAUGGGAAAAAAAGGAUUUGGAUUCUUUAAAAGUUGCAUUCCCUAACAACUCUCAAGGAAGCAGACUCUUGGUAACCACUCGAUUCCAUAAUGUGGUUGAUUCUAUUGGGAAACCCAAUAUUUUAGAACCGUUAGACCCUGAUGUAAGUUGGAGGAUACUGGAAAUGAAUAUUUUUAGAAAAGAGGGACGUUGUAAUGACUCAUUGAAAACUCUUGGGGAAGAAAUAGCAAAAAGAUGCAAUGGAUUACCACUUGCUCUAGUGGUGGUGGCUGGUAUCCUACGGAAAACUAGAAGUCAUACUGACUGGAAACGAGUGGCUGAAAAUCCUUUUCUUGAAAUUAAUCGAAAAGACCAAAGCUACCACAAACUUGUAUUGUUGAGUUAUAACCAUUUGCCUCAUGAGAAGUUGAGAGAUUGCUUCUUGUAUUUUGCAUAUUUUCCCAUGGGACAUGAGAUUGCUACUUCGAAGUUGAUUCAUUUGUGGAUUGCUGAAGAAUUCAUUCCGACUAUAGACGAAUGGGGAUACACUUUGGACUUGGAAGUUGAAGCCGAGAACUAUUUGAAGGAUCUUGUUGGUAGGAAUCUUGUGAUAGUAAUGCAAAAAAGAGCAGAUGGUCAAAUCAAAACAUGUCGCAUCCAUGACUCAUUGUAUGAAUUUUGCAAAAGUGAGGCUGGGAAGAAGAAUCUAUUCCACAUAAUGGAUGGAGGAAAAAGAUUAGAUGUGAAUACAACUUCGCUUCGUCGUCUUUGUUACCACUCCUCUACUCCCGACAUAUCUAAUGUGGAAAAGAAUCCAUCGUGUUAUUUCCUCAAUUACUACAGCAAAAAGAAGAGUCCAUAUCCAUCUGGUGAACAUGUCCAUUCUUUGUUGAUGUCAUCCUUGGAAAAGAGUGAGGUUCAAUUGAAUCAAGAGCAAUUAAGAACCAUCCCAAAUGCCUUCCCUCUUCUUAGGGUGUUGGAUAUUGAAUCCCUCAAGCUUAGCUCGUUGCCUGAUGAGCUCUUUAGCCUCUAUCUUCUCAAAUAUCUUGCUAUCACAACCAAUAUCAAAUUCCUCCCCAAAAGAUUCAAAAAUCUUCGUGAAUUGCAAACUCUUGUAUUUAAAACCAAUGAAAGUACACUAGAAAUUGAUGGAGGCAUAUGGAACAUGGAAAAACUAAGGCAUGUGCAUACUAACACUUCUACUCAAUUGCCAUCCCCUCAAAAAGAAAGCAAAAGUGUCUACAGAAAUACAGACAUCCGCACGCUUUCUACAAUAUCACCAGCAAGUUGUAGGAAAGAGAUUUUCAUUAAGACUCCCAAACUCCAAAAAUUGGGCGUUUGUGGGAACUUAGUAGAGCUUUUAGAAGAAAUGCAAGGAAUUUGUUUGUUCAACAAUCUUCAAAUGUUGGAUGUCCUUGAAAACUUGAAGCUCAGUGACCAGUCGGACAAAAUGCUAAAGGUCCCAAAGCUAGAAAUGUUUCCUCCUAAGCUAAGAAAGUUGACCUUGUCCAACACACAGUUUGAGUGGAAUGGUAUGAUAAUAUUGGGAUUGCUGGAGGAGCUUCAAGUGCUCAAGUUGGAUCAUAAUGCCUUCAUAGGGGAGCUUUGGAAUCUAAAGAAUAAUGUUGUCUUCAAACAACUCCAGUAUCUACGCAUUGGAAGAACGAAUCUGGUAACAUGGAAAGCUGAGAAGAAUAACUUUCCAGUUUUAGAAAAUCUAAUCCUCAGAAAUUGCUCUUACUUAGAAGAAAUCCCAUAUGCCUUUGUUGAUGUACAAAGCCUUACAGUCAUUGAAAUGUAUCAUGUCAGUGAAAAGGCAGUUCAUUUCGCAAGAGAGGUAUAUAACCUAAGACAAAGUAAGAAAGAUGCCACAACCAAAGGAUUCGACCUCUUCAUCACCUCUCUUCCAUCAGAAGCAACGCCUGCAACGGCACAUGCCGUGGAGAAUGUCAACACUAGUGGAUUCGACCUCCCUAGCUCCUCUAUUCUGCCACCACCAACUUUAAUAAAGAUGGCUCCAAUGGUAGAAGAAGAAAAUGUGGUGGGAUUUGAUAAUGAGGUGAAAAUUAUAAAGGACCGUCUCUAUAGAGAAUCAAUGAAAUUGACAGUUAUCUCAAUUGUGGGGAUGGUAGGAGUUGGCAAAACUACACUUGCCAAAAUGUUGUUUAAUGAUGGUGAUCUUCAGUAUGAGUUCUUCACUCGCCUUUGGGUUUAUGUUUCGAGAGUUUGUAACCGAAAGCAAAUAUUUCUUGACAUUUUGAGCCACUUCACUAAGAGAAUUAAAGACUUCUCUGAUAUGUCUGACGAGAACUUAGCUGAGCAAAUAAAAAGUUUUUUGGAGGGUGGGAAGUACUUCAUUGUAUUGGAUGAUGUGUGUACAAAGCAUGAUUGGGAGUGUUUGAAGAUUGCUUUUCCGGACAAUAGAAAAGGUAAUAGAAUCUUGGUAACUACUCGAUACCGUAGUGUGGCUUCACAUGUUGAUUCUACUGGUAUCCCUCAUCAACUAAAGUUUUUAAGAGAUAUUGAAUGUUGGGAGUUGAUAAAAAAGAAAGUUUUUGGAGAUGAAAGGUGUCUUGCUUCACUUGAAUCUAUUGGUAGGUCCAUAGCAAAAAAGUGUAAUGGACUGCCACUUGCAGUGGUGCUGAUCACCCCUGUCCUACGUGAAAAUAGGACACUUGCCGAGUGGGGACGCAUAGCAAAAGAUCCAUUUGCAAGCAUAGAUUACGAGAAUCAACACUACAAUCCACUACUCAUGGAAUUAAUGGAUUCUCAGUUGAAAGAUUGCUUCCUGUACCUUGCAGCUUUUCCUAUGAGACUUGAAAUUGAUGCUGGGAAGUUGAUUCGCUUGUGGAUGGCUGAAGGGUUCAUUCCAGAGGGGGAGUUGGAACACACCGCUGAGAAGUUUCUAAAUGAUUUUGUUCAUAGGAAUCUUCUCGUUGUAUCUAAAAGAAGAGCAGACGGUAGAAUUAAAACGGUGAGCAUCCAUGAAUUGUUGCAUGCAAUCUGCAUACGUGAAGCUGCUAAACAAAAUUUCAUCCGGGAAUUUGACGUGCUUGGAGGAGUGUCAAACAGUACAUUCACCAAAGGUUAUCGCCGCCUUUCGGUGCAUUCAUCUGUUUUGCAGGAUUUAUCAGAAAUAAUCAAGCCAUCAUCAAUCGAUGAACAAGUCCAGUCUUUCUUAUAUUUCUCUUCGGACACACUAGAGUUUCCCAAAGCGCCACUGGCAACCAUCCCCAACGCCUUUCCAAAUCUGAAGGUGUUGGAUAUCAGGUCCGUCGAAGUGCCAGUGCCUAAAGAGUUUUAUCGCCUGCAACAUCUUGCUUACCUUGGGAUCUCAGUUCAUUUCAAUCUCAAUCUCCUCCCAGUGGAAUUCGGAAGUCUUUGCCAGUUGCAGACACUUGUACUCCAUAGUACCACACAAAGUGCUCUUAAAAUUGAGGCAGACAUAUGGAGCAUGCCAAAGCUAAGGCAUGUUCUCAGUAAUACUCCAGUCCAUCUGCCCACUCCAAUUAGAAGAAGCACAAACAGCUCUGGAAGUGCACAUAUAAGGACGCUUUCUACCAUAUCCCCAGCAAGCUGCACAGGCGAAAUCCUAGAGAAGACCCCGAAUCUUCAGAAGCUGGGAAUUCGAGGGAAUAUAGUUGAGGUUAUGGAGAGCAAGAAAGGAACUUGUUUGUUCGACAAUCUUCAAAAGUUGAGGAAUCUUGAAAAUCUGAAGUUGCUGGGACAUACCGUCUAUGGUCAGGCUAGCGUUCUACGGAGCGUUCCUAGAGCUGACAAAUUCCCAAGAAGGUUAAGAAAGCUGACUUUUUCGAACACUUCAUUUGAGUGGAAGGACUUGUGUGUACUGGGGGCACUAAACGAGCUGGAAGUCCUCAAGUUGGAGGAAUAUGCGUUCAAGGGGGAGUCUUGGGAACUCAAAAACGUUGUUUUCAGAUGUCUCAAAUUCUUACGUAUUGGAAGGACCAAUUUAUCAUAUUGGACGACUUCCAAGAGUUGCUUUCCGGUGCUGAAAACGCUCAUCAUCAGGCACUGUGCUGGCCUCACAGCAGUCCCGUCUGACUUUGCUGAUGUGCAUAGCCUUGAGCUGUUGGAAUUAUUUUACACCAAUAAAGCGGCUGUGAACUCUGCCCGGGAUAUAGAAAUUCUAAAACAUGAAAGGGGAAAUGCACAUAGCCGUGGAUUUAAGCUCUCUAUCUAUCCUUCGAAUCAUUGAUUUCAUAUCUAUCUUAUGGGUGGCAUUUUGGUGGACGGCUUUUUCAAGGGGACUGUCGUGAACUCGGGUAGUGCAUCUGGUUCCAGUUGCUGGCAUCUGUUAUGGUGGCUUGAGUUUUGUGUUUUCCUUGUGCUUAGGCCUAUCCUAGGUCUUAUUAUAUUUGCUUGGUUUUUGUGCUUUGUAUUCUUAGCCUCUUAUAGGCAUUUUAUUUUGCUUGAGUAUCUUUGUUUAGACCUGCUAGGCCUUUUCUAGUUGAAAAGGGGGGCUGUACCCUUAGUUUUGCAAGGCUAAUGGUAUAUUUUUCUUGCUUCGGUGUUAAUGAGAGGUUUGAGUGUUUAACCCAACAAAAAAG